AACAAUUUUCAACAGCAUGCGGUAAUUUUCUAUCCUGCUCCUGCGGUCCUUUGAAAAGUGCAAUCAGACAGACCGAAAAUAUUGACAAGGGAAAGUCGGAAAUGAUAUUUUAAAUGGUGUCUACAACCCCAUAAACAUAAAAGAUCGAUUACGGUGUGCGAAUACAAACGGGGACAAAGAUCUUCAUUUUUGGAGACACCGUCCGACAGAAACUAAAACCGAACUGUUUGGCCAUAAUGAUGACUGUGACGUACAUUUGGAGAACAAAGGCGAUCGCUUGCGAGCCCGAGAACACCAUCCCAACUCUGAAAUAUGGGGUAGACCACAUCAUGUUUUGGGGGUUUCUUCUCCUUCGGGAGCGGCUGGUACCCUUCACAAAAUAGAUCACAUCGGGAGGAAAGAAAAUAUUGAAGCAACAUCAGCCAGGAACUUCCAUCCAUCCACUUUCUUAGCCGCUUAUCCUCACAAUUGUCACAGGAGUACUGGAGCUGUCAUCGGGCAUGAGGCGGGGCACACCCUGAACUGGUCACCAGCCAGUCGCAGGGCACACGGAGACAAACAGCAGCACUCACAAUCCCACCUCGGGGCAAUUUAGAGUCUCCAGUUAACGUUGCGUGUUUUUGGGAUCUGGGAGGAAACCGGAGCGCCCACCCGGAGAAAACCCACGCCGGCACGGGGAGAACAUGCAAACGCACGCAGGCGGGUCCGGGAUCGAACCCGGGACCUCUGAACUGCGAGGCCAACGCUUUCCAGCUGAGCCACCGUGGCGGCCAAAUAGUCGUUAAGUUUACAUUUAAUUGAUUCGACGCGUUCCCAAAAAUCUGGCACAGGUGGCAAAAAAAAAAAAAAAGACAGAAAAAGUUGAGGAAUGCUCAUCAAAGACCUGUUGAACAUGGCACAGGUCAACAGGCUCCUUUUAGCCACGCCCAAAAAGUCAUGAAAAGUGACUAGUAGUACUUGAAAGACACAAUUUCACCAUUUAAAAAGAUUUAUUUAACCUUUAUUUAAACAGGCAAAGCAAUUUGCAAGGAUGACUUGGCAACAGAGUAAACAAAUACAAACAUGAGCAGGAAAAAAAAACUGUUCUGUGUGGUUGAUUUAAAUUAUGUAAACACACAAGAGUACUCCAUAGCAGUAAUGUAAAAACGAAAUGUUCGAAAGUUGUCGUGAUCAUGCACAAGAUUGGGCCAGAAAAUCGAAUGGGAGGACCGACCGGAAGUGGUGCAGACUGUGGGAACGAAGACUUUCAUCAAACUGCCUGAAUGGAGAGUGCGCUCGGUGGUAUGCAUGGUGAGCAGCGAGCAAAGAUAAGCGCUUAGAUAGGAUUCUUGUCGGCGCCACCGAAGGUCAAGAAACGGAUUCAAAGAUGGAGAACGGCAAGGGCGCCGUUCCAAACGUGACCGCGGCGCUAAAUAUGACGGGAAUGCCCCUGAAGCCGUUGGAAGAGCAGGUGGUGACCAUAUUGCUGACGCUCCUCAUCUGCGGCGUGGGGAUUUCCGGAAACGUCAUGGUGGUGAUGGUGGUGUUGCGGAGCAAGCGCAUGGCGACGGCGACCAACUGCUACCUCGUUAGCCUGGCGGUGGCCGACCUGGUGGUGCUUCUGACCGCAGGGCUGCCCAACAUCUCUGACGUGCUGGCCUUCUGGGUAUACGGCUACACGGGGUGCUUGUGUAUCACCUACCUGCAGUACCUGGGGAUCAACGUCUCUUCGUGCUCCAUCACCGCGUUCACCGUCGAACGCUACAUCGCCAUUUGUCACUCCAUGAAGGCUCAGUUCAUAUGCACCGUGUCGCGAGCCAAGAGAAUCAUCGCCGGCGUGUGGGUCUUCACGUCCCUCUACUGCAUCAUGUGGUUCUUUUUGGUGGACACCGACGAAAGCGUCUACAGCGACGGCGUGGCGGUCACCUGCGGCUACCGCGUCUCCAGGAGCCUCUACAUGCCGAUCUACUUCCUGGACUUCGCUUUGUUCUACGUGAUCCCGCUGGCGGUGGCCGGCGUGCUGUACGGCCUCAUCGCCAGGAUUCUCUUCGCGAGCCCCCUGCCCUCGCGCCUCAACGCCAGAGGCUCGGUUCACCGGGGUCGCUCCGGUGACGCCGCCGAGGCCAGUAAGGGGGCCGUCUCGGCCAGGAAGCAGAUAACAAAGAUGCUGGCUGCGGUGGUCGUCCUCUUCGGCCUGCUCUGGAUGCCGUACCGCACGUUGGUGGUGGUCAACUCGUUUUUGGAGCCCCCGUACCACGACCCGUGGUUCCUGCUCUUCUGCAGGAUGUGCAUCUACGCCAACAGCGCCAUCAACCCCAUCAUUUACAACCUCAUGUCCCAGAAGUUUCGAGCGGCCUUCCGGGAGCUCUGCGAGUGUUCCUGUCCCCGCAGACGGGAGGACGUGGAAAACGACGCGCCCGCGAUGAAGGGUUCCCCCCGCGAGAGCAAGGAACCCAUCACGGAGCACGAGGACGUCAACGGAAGAACCAUCAGGAGGUUCGGUUCGCUUCGGCAGACGAGGACGCUUAGCUAGGCUGCGUUCGCGGCGACAGCGGAAAAAUACUGGCGAGUACAAACAGACACUACUGCUGAUUUGAUUUUGUAUUGUAAUUCAUUUGAAAUCAAAGUUACCGUGACGACACGGAGAGCAAGAGAAGGGUUCAGACGCAAAAGCAAACUUCUCCAUUUGGUGCGGUGACGUGACUAAAAUGACUUUUUACGCUUUCCAGUUCAAACUGAUCAAGUUGUUCAAAGUGAGGGAUUGGGUUAUCGAUAAGGCAAUUAAGAGGCUAACUUGGGAACAAUGGAACUUUGAGGGAAUUUUAUUGCAAAACAUUUUCUCUCAUAACAGAAAAGCUCAAAAUGCUCACAUAACUCGAAAAUUGCACUGAAAAGAUCAGGAUAAUGCUCUGCGAAUAUAACGUGAUAAUAUUGACCCUUAAACUUGAAAGGAACAAAUCAAGUCCAAUUGAUUGCGCAGGGUCCUUGACCUUUGGCGUUUUUGCUCUUCUGGAGAUCCCGUCGACCCACGUCGGCAACGGCUUCCCUGUAGAAUCUACGCUCCUGGGACUCGGACAGUACAAAAAUAUGGCACAAGUCCUUUUUGACGGCAAAACUCGAACCCAGCGUGGAAAUGUGCCUUGCCUCGCGCCAACGUCAUUUCUGGCGCACGCGACGUUCUGCAGCUGCCGGCGCGUCGCCGACACUUCCUGGUGCUGCUGGGAAAACUCCGAGCAGAAAUGUGCACGUGAGGCACGGCGACAAGUGUCGCUUGGUUGUCAACGGCGUGGCGGCGGCCUCCUCACUUGCGCCUCAUUGGCUCGAAUUAAUGCCAGAUAUUUAAGCCUCGCGUGUUGUGUUUCGAGUUGCCGCUUCCUUGUAUGAGUCUGCGUGAAUAGACGAGGUUCUUGUUGUGUAUUUGCCACAAGCAAAGUCGAGUGAAGUCUUGUUUUUGCCUAGUAGUUUCCCGACGUGGUUUUCAUGUUUUCGGACCUAACCCUUUGCCACGUGUUUUUUGUGCCUUUGCCUUUGUUGGACUGCCAUCCUCUGCCUGGAAUAAAACCACACUUGACAUCAUGCCACUGCCUCGGAGUCCUGAAUUUGGGUCCUACGUAGCCCUUGUCCCAUGCUCGUGACCCCGAUGAACAAUUCAUACCUGGCAACAUUUGAGUUCAACACCGUAACAGAGCCACGGACCCAGAAUUCAUUUGUUAACCGGUGUAUUCGAUGACUGCGAUUUCCUGGCGACCAGUUGACGGUGUUCAGAGGUUCACGUAAAAAUAGAUUCUAUUUCCACCGUGGUACACAGCACCUGAUGCGACAAGAGGCCACGGUCCGGAGAUCUUUUAAAAUGUGGUCGAGACAGAGCUAGCUUUUGCCGGCUAUCUUGCUAAUGAAAUCCAUUCAUCAGGAGGAAGCGUUGUCUAUGUUGUUCGACUAGAAGUGCUCUUCACGUGCUCGGGACGGAUUAGUGCAGCCGGUCCUACGACGUACAAUACGCUGUACGGUACAUCUCAUGUUGAUCACUAACAACACAGGUAACGAUAGCGACGUGUUUGCUCAGUUCAUCGGCGCGCUAAAACCGGCCGGCCUUUCACCGCGUUGCCUGAUCUAAACGCCUCUCAAGAAGCGCGUUUGAACA